AAUAUCCUCAUCUAGCUCACCAAAUGCAGUUAGGAAAAGAACUUGUGAGGCAAAACAGCAUCUACAAGUGUGUGAUCAGUGACGAUGACACGAUUCUGGAUUCUGCAGAUGUGUUUGAGUUGGCUUUUAAAGGGAAUGCUUCAGCCAUUGACCGCCUGAGUCGGAAAACUCCGGAAAACUUGAGUAGCAGGGACGAGGAUGGAGCUAGCCCAUUGCACUAUGCUUCAGCCGGCGGAAACCUGGAGAUAAUUCGGCUCAUUGUUUCUAUUGUGGGUCCUGAGGAGCUGAAUGCACAGGAUGGACAGGGCAGAACUGCUUUGCACUGGGCUGUGGAGCAGAAUCAGGAGCAAAGCUGCGCGUUACUGCUGGACCUGGGUGCCAACCCCAACAUCCUUAGCAAUGCCCUCAUGGCUCCUCUGCACCUGGCUAUCACAAAAAAGCUCGAUCAUCUGGUAGAGCUCCUUUUGACCUGUGACAAGACAGAUGCCAAUUUGGAAGGGGAUCUAGGUAACACACCCGCGAUGCUGGCAUGCUCCAGCAAUAACUGCCAAGCCCUCCAAGCUCUAUUUAAACAUGGUGCACAAAUGUGUCGUCAGAACAAACUGGGUCACUACGUCAUCCAUACAGUUGCUUUCGCAGGUGCCAAAGAGGCUAUGGAACUGGCUUUGAAAAUUGGAGAAGAGAUGGGAAUUUCCACCCUAGUGCACAUUAACUAUUUGGACAAAACCAAAAGCAGCCCCCUUCAUCUGGCUGUGCGUGGUGGGAACAUAGAGGUAAUCAAACUUUGCAUCGCGAAAGGAGCCAGAGUGGAUCAGCAACAGUGUGACAAAUCCACCGCCCUCCACUUCGCCUGCACUCAGGGUGCCAUCGAGGCCGUCAAAGUCAUGCUUUCGUCCUAUAACAGAGUGGAAGACAUCAUCAACAUCAGAGACGGAGCCAACCAGACGCCCUUACAUAGGGCAACGUUGUUUGAUCAUGUCGAAUUGGCCGAAUAUCUGGUUUCAAAGGGAGCAGAAAUUAACUGCACUGACUGCAAGGGAAUGUCGCCUCUGCUGCAGGCAGCCAGCUGCGGUGCUUGGAAAACAGUGGCAUUUUUACUGUCAAAAGGUGCAGAUUUCAAAAUCAAAGAUAAAGCAGGCCGCAACUUUCUGCACUUCGCCACUCUUCAACCCAAAGGGCUGAAAAAUCUGCCUGAUACUGUCUUACAGAGUAAUGCUGUAAGAGAAAUGCUGCCGGAUGAAGAUGUCGAGGGCUGCACUCCUCUGCACUACGCCUGCAAACUUGGCAUCCACGACUCAGUCAAAAACAUGCUGUGUCUUAAUAUUUCUUUGGGCCAAAAGUCACGGGAAAAGAAAUCGGCCCUUCACUUUGCAGCAGAAUAUGGGCGUAUAAACACAUGUCAAAGGCUGCUGGAGACCCUCACAGACUCCAAAAUGCUGAAUGAAGCAGAUGACAAGGGUCUGACCCCCCUCCAUCUUGCUUCAAAGGGAGGACACGCUCAGGUUGUGGAUCUGCUGCUCAGGAGGGGAGCUCUCUUCCAAAGCGAUUAUAAAGGCUGGUCUUGUUUACAUCACGCCGCAGCUGAGGGAUACACACAGACAAUGAAAAUUCUUCUAGCAGCCAACCUUAAACUGGUGGAUAUGACGAAUGAAGAAGGGGACACAGCCUUGCACGUUGCUGCCAAAGCAGGUCAUGUAGGGGCAGUCAAGAUGUUAUUGGACAGAGGAGCUGAAAUCACCCUCAACAACGCAGACAGCUCUUUCUUGCAUGAGGCUGUACGCAAUGAGAGAAAAGAUGUAGUGAAUGCCACCAUUGAACAUGAGAGGUGUUCUGAGGCUAUGCUGACAUUUAAUACAGGAACACAAGUAUCCCGCUGUGUUGUAAUAGACAUUGUGGAGUUUCUCCCAGAGUCUUUCAAGCAUCUUCUGGAUCUGUGCACGAAGGAAUCAGACCAUGAUGCCAACAGUCCAGACUACCAUAUGACGUAUGAUUUCCGGUGGCUUCAGGCACCCUUACAGUGGAAGAAGGUUGCUGAAACAGAUAAAACUAUGAAAUUCCUUCCACUUGAAGCUCUGAAUGCCAUGGUGCAGUACAACCGACUGGAGCUUCUGACUCACCCCGUGAGCCAAAAAUACCUGGAGAUGAAGUGGAAGGCGUAUGGAAGCAAGGUUCAUUUGCUCAACCUGGCUAUAUACCUAUUUGGCUUGUUGCCCCUCACGUACCUCAUUCUUAAUCUGAGACCGAGCCAGAAGGUUUCAACCAAUGCCACCACUAUCACCAUGGUGCAUGUAUCUUUCAGCAAGCAAAAAUAUUUAACCUCAGUAUGUAUAAUCAUGGUGCUUGUCAUGAACCUGUAUGCCAUUUGCAAAGAGCUGGUGCAGUUGGCUCAGCAGCGAAUAAAUUACUUCACGGACUAUUCUAACCCUGCUGACUGGACUUCCGCCAUAAGCUCUUUGGUCUUUGUUAUUCCCAUGUGCUUCACUGUACAAAAUCCAUGGCAAUGGGAAGCUGGAGCCGUGGCUAUUCUGACCUCAUGGGUCAGCUUUCUACUCUACUUCCAAAGGUUUGAGCGAAUAGGAAUUUAUGUGGUCAUGUUUGGCGGGAUCAUUAGGACCCUGGUGUGCACCUUGGUUCUCUUUAUGUUCCUCCUGCUGGCAUUCGGCUUGUCCUUCUACGCUUUGAUGCUUCACCGCGAUGAGUUUAGCUCCUUCAGCCUGUCUCUUGCCCAGACGUUUGUAAUGACAGUGGGAGAACUGAACUACCAGAGCACAUUUCUGGAUGCUUAUAAAAACGAGAAUAUGGCGUUUCCUGGGACCACCUAUUUAGUCUUUGUGCUUUUUGUUCUUCUGAUGCCGAUUCUCCUCAUGAACCUAAUGAUUGGUUUGGCGGUGGGAGACAUUGCGGAGGUACAGAGAAAUGCAGAAUUAAAAAGGAUAGCCAUGCAGAUUGAACUUCACACAACCCUAGAAGAGAAGCUGCCAUACUGGUUCCUAAAGCGAGUGGACAAACCCACCAUCACUAUCUAUCCCAAUCAAUGCAAGAAAGUCUUGAUGCAGGCCUUGGUCGAUGGCGAAAUCCAAAACACAGUUCGCACCCGUUUGAACCUUCACUCAGGUCAGAGAGGACCUCUGGAGAGAGAGCUGCACAAACAGAAGAACAGGUUAAAAGAAAUGGCCAGUGUGUUGGAUAAGCAGCAUGAUCUGCUGAAGUUGAUCAUACAGAAGAUGGAAAUCACAUCUGAGGCCGAUGAAUAUGACGGCCCUCAGAACCCUCGAGCCCUAAGAUAUCCAUCGUCAUCCUCAUGCCCGAAGUCAAAGUGGGUACCCCUGAUGCAAGCUCUUCGGUUGAAGAAGUGACAUCAGAGACAAUGAUGUCAUGCUGUACCAAGGACAUCUUUAUGUAUAAAACAAAAAUCAUGCAGGAGCAUUUUUUAUGAUCUUUGUAUGUUUAGCAGGGUUUUUUCUACUGUUUGAUUUCAGUAUAUCUGUGUGGUUAAGUGCAUUUGUGUAGGUCACAAUGUAGUUUAAUGAUAAGACCACUGGGGUCAUUUGUUGUAUUAUAUGUAAUGCUUGUAAUGUGCGUAAGUUACAUUUGAUGUUUCAUAUAUAGCUUCAGUACUAAAGAAGAUGUAGCAUGUAGGAUUAAAGCAUUUGGGAGCCAUGUAAAGCAUCACACAUACAGAUUUAUUAGUAGUACAGUUAGCAUGUGUAUUUCAUCUGACCCUGUAGGGGAGCACUAUAAUCCCCCAUUUCUGGGGGUCUGUUUCAACUCUCGUUUGAAUAUCUCUACCACUCCAUGAUGACAUUCCCAUAAAUGCACUGUUACAUAAAACCAUCAUGUUGAUCAGAUUGUCCACGGUGAUGUCACAGCCUUUAACAAACAUAAGUCGUGUUGAAAAUAAAUGCCAGAAUGCUGUAAAAAUCUUUUUGAUGAUUUUGCAUGCACAUCAUGAGAUGUAGUAAAUUUAAUGAUGAGGAUCACUAUAAACAGAUGGGAUGGAUUUGCUUCA